AGCGUGAAAGAGUAAUGACCAACAAUGAUACAAUGAGUUCUCUCACAAGACAGCAGAUAAUUCGUGAGAUGGAAGCAGAAGAAGUCGAUGAUGAUGCAAGAGAGAUGAUGAUUGUUGCUCCUACAUCCGUAGAACAUAGUAACUGGCAAGUUCAGUCAUUUGUUGAUGAGAACACUGCACACGUAGUUGAGGUUACGGAUCGUAAUUUGAUCAUUAAAUGUACAUGUUCCGAUUAUGAAAGAAGACAGAGACCAUGCAAACACAUGUACUUGCUGAAAUUGCACACUACCUUUCAAUUACACUUUUCCAUCGCUCCUUCAAACACCACUUACGAAACUUAUGUCAAUCCUAACCCUAAAACCGCCAUCACAGCCAAUCUCUCCUCCUUUUUCUUCGAUCAAUGUAUUCAAACAAGUCAAAAACUGUAUCAAUCUCACCAAGACCUUGACACAUUAUCCCAAUAUACAACAAAUGAUGAGGCAAAACGUAUAUAUGACAUACAGCAACAAUUACUUUUUUCAAUUCAAUCCUCAAAAGACAAAUAUGAAGUAAACUUCCGCAAAUCAAAUAAUCAAUAAUAAAAAAUAUAAAUAUUGCUUUUUUUAAAAGAAAUCUUUA